AUGUUGAACUCGUCUUCAGCAUGUUCGAAUGACUACACUUUUGGUCCUGCAGUAGUUGGCUGUCGAGAUGACUUCGAUUUUACUGUGACUUUUGAGCAGACAAUACUUUCAAUUGCUCCUUCCGUUUGCUUCAUUAUCCUUGCAUCUCUGAGAAUUCUCCAUCUGAGUCGGAAGCGGACUGUGCUGGCUGCACGUCAAUUCCAAUCAUUGAAACUUGGGGCAAUCACGUUGUACGCAGGACUGCAAAUCGCUCUGCUAGUUUUCGCUGCGCAAGCGCCCACCAGCACGCGACCAACCUCCGUUGCCUCUGCUACCCUUGCUGUCUUGGAUUCAAUUUUGUUUUUCGGCUUGUCCGCGCUCGAGCACGCGAGGUCACUAAGAGCGUCAAUCUUAUUCAAUAGUUAUCUGCUAUUAACGCUGCUUUUCAACACGGCCGAAUGCCGAACCCUAUGGCUUCAAUCAACCCAUCCGGUGAUCGCGUCGGUAUUCACAGCUGGCUUAGGAGUCAAGAUUACCAUUCUGCUCCUAGAGGCCCAGGGAAAGCAACGCUGGAUCCCAGACAGCCAGCUCAGCCCCGAAAAAACGAGUGGUAUUUUCAGUCUAAGCUUUUUCUUCUGGCUGAACUUCCUGGUUGUGGGCGGAUACCGCAAGAUCCUAUCCACUGCAGACCUGUAUGUACUCGAUGACAGCCUAACAGCAGAAGCGCACGAAAGACCUUUCCAGCAAAACUGGCUACGACAUUCUUCUCAUCGCUAUCCUCUGCUUCGAUCACUCUUUGCUACGCUCAAAUGGUCGUUUCUAGCCCCGGUUUUCCCCCGAAUCGCUGCAGGUGCUUUUUUUUUUUGCCAGCCUUUCUUCAUCAACCGCAUUGUCAGCUAUCUCCAAGUCGGUCGCGACGAGAGGUCGCAUAACGUGGGAUAUGGCUUGAUCGGGGCCGCUGCGCUCAUCUAUACGGGAAUCACCGUUUCAAAUGCACUCUACUCGUAUUUGUACAAGCGAGUCUUGAGUAUGCUCCGCGCAUGUCUUGUCACGGCGAUCUACUCCAGCACAGCCUCCCUCUCAGCAAAUGACCAGGACAACUCUGCUGCUGUAACACUAAUGAACUCAGACGUCAAUUACAUCCAGAUGGGAUUUGAAAAUGUACACGAGUGCUGGGCAAAUCUCAUUGAAGUUACUAUCGCUUGCUGGCUGCUGGAGAGGCAGCUCGGCGUGGCAUUUGUGGCUCCUCUUGCAGUUGUUGUUAUAUGUGCUGCAGCCUCAUUUGGCAUAGGGAAGUUUACUGGGAAACGCAUGGGUUUGGUCAUGAAGAUGGUCCAACGGCGUGUUGGAUUGACAGCAAACGUGAUUUGUAACAUGACUUCUCUGAAGUUAGCGGGUCUGGCGGACCCAGUUGAACGUAUUAUUCAACGCUAUCGCGAGGAUGAAGUGAAUGCCCAAAAGAGAUUUCGACUUCUGACAUCCUUCUCUACGGUGAUCGCCUUCGCACCACUUCUACUCUCGCCAGUGGUUGCAUUCGGCGCUACCGGAGAAGCACUGACCGUUAGCCGAGUCUUCACUUCGCUUGCAUAUAUUCAGUUACUUUGCAACCCCUUGACAAAGCUUUUCCAGACCAUCCCUCAGAUUGUGGCAUCAAGGGCCUGUCUGAAGCGCGUCGAAAAAUUCUUGUUAUCGAAUUUGACCGGAGAUCGACCGGGUUCUCUCAACCUCCAAGAUGCAUUAGAAUGCGAUGUCGACACCACGCCAGAAAAGGCAACACAGGGGACCGCUUAUUCCUCUGAUGCUUCAACUUACAAAUCUAAGGAGCUGGGCUGGGAAGCUGGGAAGAUUGUGCUUAGAGACAUCGAGCUUGACAUACCUCGCUCAAAACUGACAAUGAUUGUCGGCCCAGUUGCUUCUGGGAAGAGCACACUGUGCAAGGCUUUGCUGGGCGAAGUACCCUUCGCUGAUGAAUCAGUCAGUAUUGCUCGAGACUUCAGUCGCAUUUCCUAUUGUGACCAGGAUCCGUUCUUGAUUGAUGGCACGAUUCGCCAGAACAUCAUCGGGUUUGGCGCUGCCAAUGAAGCUUGGUACCAGAAGAUUCUACAGGCAACCGCUCUGGUUGAAGAUAUCGCAACAUUUGCUGAUGGGGAUAAAUCUAUGGUUGGCACCAACGGUAUCACAUUGAGUGGUGGGCAGCGUCAACGGGUGGCACUAGCCAGAGCUCUUUUCUGUCGCCCUGAGAUUGCCAUAUUAGAUGAUAUCCUCAGGGGUCUGGACCUGAAGACUGAGGAGCACAUCAGUCAUUGUGUGUUUGGGCCAGAUGGACUAUUGCAACAAAUUGGAGCGACAUUGAUUCUCUGUACUCAUUCUACGCGGCAGCUUCAUCUUGCGGAUCAUAUCAUCGCCCUUGGUAAUCGGACUGUUGUGGAGCAAGGCUCCUUUCAAGAACUGAUGGCAAGAGGUGGUUAUGUGCAAAGCCUAGGGGCUGAAGAGACUCGAAAGCCGCCUAGAAAGCCGCCCCAGGGUACGAAUGCAAGUACAAGCCCUGUCUCCCCAUCUCCAAGGGAGUCAAAAGAAGAAAUGGAGAAUCAAGCUCGGCAAUUGGGAGAAUUUGCAGUAUACAAGUUCUAUUUCUCCCAUUUCAAGUCCAGCAUUUUCUUGAUGUACGCUAUCUCUGGCUUAAUAUGUGCAUUCCUCUUCAACUUCAACACCGUGUGGCUUGAAUUUUGGUCAGUGUCUGUGGAAAAUGGAGAAUACCGAUUCCCGUUUUAUCUUGGCAUCUACAUCUUGAUUCAAGUCGCUUGUCUUAUGCUCUUCUUUGUUUUCUUCGGCCUGGGAGGAAUAGUGAUGACACCCAGCGCAGAAUUGCUUUUGCACCUUCGUGCAUUGAAAACUCUCAUGACAGCCCCGUUAGCAUUCUUCACAUCUGUGGAUAUCGGUGUCACCACGAACCAUUUCUCACAGGAUAUCAUGCUGGUCGACGAGGAUCUGUCAAGAUCGCUUUCGAGCACCAUCGCCACAGGUUUUGUUGUCCUGGGACAAGCAGCUGUUAUUGAAGCUUCGUCGCCGUAUGUCGUGAUUGGAUAUCCUGUUUUGGCUGGCCUGCUAUACAUCAUUCAGAAGGUGUAUCUACGCACUUCAAGGCAACUUCGAUUUCUUGAGAUAGAAGCAAAGGCUCCAUUAUACAAACAUUUCCUCGAGACAUUGAGUGGGGUAGUGACAAUCCGCGCGUUUGGCUGGGUGAAGGAAAACAUCGCUCUGAACAACCGCCUGUUGAAUGAAUCCCAAAGAUCUGCGUACCUUCUUGCCAUGAUCCAGCAGUGGCUGACCACCGUUCUCAACAUGGCAGUUGCAAUCAUAGCCAUUAUCUUCUCCGCGUUAGCUACGCAGCUUGACAUUAGUGGACCAGGAUUCACCGCUGUUGGUCUGGUCAGUAUCAUGUCUUUCGGAUCCAUGCUCGCCAACCUUGUCCGGAUCUUUACACAGCUUGAACUUGCAACCGGUGCCUUGAGUCGGCUAAAGCAUUUCAGCGAAGAUGUUCCCAGAGAGAAGGGUGAUGGAUCAGCCGGCCCGAUUCCUCUAGAGUGGCCGUCUCAAGGGAAUAUCGAGAUGUGCAACGUCUCUGCUGCUUAUCAAACUUCUGUUAACGCAUUGAUCAAGGAUUCUAGUGGAUUAACCAAAGAUUUCCAGGCACCCCAGAGUCUGGCUUUGCGAGGAAUCUCAUUGUCCAUUACAUCUGGCGAGAAAAUCGCUAUCUGCGGCAGGACCGGCAGUGGCAAAUCAUCCUUAGUCCUCUUAAUUGGAAGACUCCUCAAUCCAACCCCAGAAUCUGGUGAUACCCUCAUUGACAACAUCCCCCACACCCAUAUCCCACAUUCUCUCAUCCGCGAACGCAUCAUCACCCUACCUCAAACCCCCUUCUUCCUCGCAGACGGCAGCACGAUCAAAGAAAACCUGGAACUCAACCUCUCCCCACCAGCCAGCGAAAGCCAAGAAAAAGAAGAAGAAGAAGAAGAAGAAGCACGCCGUGUCCUCGAAGCAGUAGGUUUGAAAGAGUUAAUCGAGGAAAAGGGCGGAUUAACCUCCGAGCUGAAAGCUAAAUCCCUAAGCAAUGGCCAGAAACAACUUUUCUGUCUCGCGAGGGCGGUUCUUCGCAAGCGCACUCGUGAUAGAUUACUGACAGAGACUCACGCCAAGCGUGACCCCCAGUUGGAGGGAGUGGCCUCUGUAGCGAACGGCGGUAUUCUCAUCUUGGACGAAUUCAAUGCUGGUGUUGAUGACAAGACGGAUGAGAUGAUGCAGGCUGUUAUUUGUCGUGAGUUCGCGAGGUAUACUGUGCUUUGUGUUGCGCAUAAAUUGGAUACGAUUAUGGAUUAUGAUCGGGUGGUUGUUAUGGAGAAAGGAGAGAUGGUUGAGGUAGGCAACCCUAAGGAAUUGUAUGGGCAGAUGGGGAGCAAAUUUCGUGGUCUUUGGCGUGCAGGUGAAUGA